AUGGGGUCACUCAGCAGCGCCACUGAAACUGAAGACCCUAAACAAGCCUCUGCUGUUCCCCCUGAUCAGAACCCGAAGACAAAUGAAAACAAUCCAGUCACAGAUGGUGAGAGUCGAGCAAGUUCCCAGAUUGUCGUAACAUCUUCAGCAACCUCUUUCUCUAAUGGGGCAGGUGGGGUGGAAAAUAGGAACCCUUCAGAACCAACAGCUACCUCCAUGGGACCCAAACAACAAACAGCUUUAGAAUUGCUCACUGCUGCAGACAUGGCACAUACAUACCCAGGAAUAGAUGGUAGGGAAAACAGCAGUAGCCGUUCUAUGCCAUUUCCUGGCGCUAACAAAGGCCCGGCAUUUGCUGACGGCUUAGCUUCUGCCUUCUCAAAUACACCAAACAGCACUGACACCGAGAGACACCGUUUCUGUAAAAUUCCAGGGACUGAAGAACAAAAGGGAGCCCAAGGUGAAAAAGGGAGUACGGAUCAACUAAGGCUUGCUAGAACUACAGGAGAAGCUGGGAACCCUGGCCCUAUUGGCCUUCAGGGACUGAAGGGAGAUAAAGGGGAUUUGGGGGCGUCUGGUCCAAAAGGUGACCCUGGAGUAAAAGGAGAUCCCGGAGAGAAAGGAGAAAGAGGCCUAGCAGGCGAGACAGGAGCACAAGGUUUGGCAGGGCCACCAGGGAUUCAAGGGCCUCCAGGUAUGAAAGGAGAUCCAGGGGUAGAUGGAAUGGCGGGUGUUCCUGGAGAACAGGGGCUGAUUGGACUUCCUGGCAGAAAAGGAGAAAAAGGACAGAAAGGAGACUGCAACCCAGUCGAAUCCAUAGCAUUCUCAGCUGGCCUUCUGAAAAGGAGAAGCUUUCCCUUGCCAGGAUCCCCAGUGAGAUUUGAGAAGAUUUUCCUGAAUGAAAACGAACCCUAUCAUGCUGAAACUGGCAUAUUUACUGCAAGCACAGGGGGUAUCUAUUCUUUCAGUUACCACUUGAGUGUUUCCACCAAACCAUUGAGGGCUGCGCUUUUCCAUAAUGGCCAAAGAAUUCUCCAGGUGUCUAGUGUAAAGGAAUCUCCACAGGGUGUUACUCAGGUUUCUGGAUCAUUGUUGGUUCAACUCUCCGAAGAUGAUGAAAUUUGGCUUCAGAUUUUGAAUGGUUCUGCGAAUGGCCUGAUGGCUGAUGAAACUACUGAUUCCAUAUUUUCUGGCAAGCAUUCAAGCACUUCUAGGUUUCCCUCUUGCCUUUGUCAGCCUUGGCAGAGCAGCUGUUACCACUCUACUGUUCUGUUUGUUGCAGCAGUAAUGUGGGGCGUAAACUGGCGUUGGUCCAUCUUCAUCAUAAUGAACAUUGUUGCUGAGCUGAACAUAGAGGGUAAAAGUACCCCAUCCCCCAAGCACACUAAGAUCAAAGCCAUUGGAAUGGAAGUCACCGAAAAUCUUGACAUGUCUGUUGCCCCUCCCACUGAAGAUGGCCUUUUAACAGAAAUGGCCGAAACCAGUGACACGACGAUGGAACUGUCCACGCCAAACUACGCCUUCAGAACUGCCACCACGCUCUUUCCAUUUGAAAACUUUACCCUUGAUUCGGCUGACUUCUUCUUUAACUGUUGUGAUUGCUGUACUCCAACUGCAGGACAGAAAGGGGAACCCGGAGAACCUGGCCUGCAAGGGUUGAAAGGAGAGAUGGGAGAAAAAGGCCUUCCAGGUCUGGCAGGAAUUCCUGGGCUACAAGGCCCCAAAGGAUUCAAAGGAGAAAAAGGAGAUAAAGGAGAACAUGGUGACCAAGGAGCAAACGGAAUCCCAGGAUUUUCGGGCAAACCAGGAGAACAAGGUGAAAAUGGACUUAAAGGUGACAAAGGAAACUAUGGCCUGCCUGGAGUGAAGGGUCAAAAGGGUUCCAAGGGGGACACAUGUGAGAAUGGCACCAAAGGAGAUAAAGGAGACAAGGGAGAGCUGGGAUUGCCAGGGAUUGAUGGGGAACACGGAGAAAAAGGAGAUAAGGGGGAUGUUGGCGAGAAGGGUUACUGUGGUGAUCCUGGCGAAAAGGGGGAUAAGGGAGAAACAGGGGAAAUUGGACUUAAAGGGGAAAAGGGCAUCAAGGGAGAUAUGGGAGUAGAUGGCAUGCAUGGGGCAGACGGGCCAAGAGGAGAAAAGGGUGACCCAGGUGUCAGAGGUGAAAAAGGUGACCCAGGCCCAGUUGGGAUGACGGGACCUCCUGGGAUGAAAGGAUUUCCUGGUUUCAAAGGAACCCGAGGAACUCCUGGGAAAAAAGGUGCGAGAGGACCGAAAGGUUCAAAGGGGGAGGCCUCCAGCAUGCCAAGAUCAGCUUUCAGCGUGGGCUUAUCCAAACCUUUCCCACCCCCGAAUGUUCCUAUUAAGUUUGACAAGAUUCUUUAUAAUGACCAGGAGAAUUACAAUCCUUUAACUGGGAAAUUCAACUGCAGCUUUGCUGGGGCAUACAUCUUCUCUUACCAUAUGACCAUCAGAGGGCGGCCUGCUCGAAUUAGUAUUGUGGCCCAAAACAAGAAGAUGGUCAGAACUCGGGAGACUCUGUAUGGUCAGGAGAUAGACCAGGCUUCAUUCCUUACCAUUUUGAAAUUAAAUGUCGGGGAUCAGGUUUGGCUGGAGGUUACGCGGGACUGGAAUGGGGUGUACGUUAGUGCGGAAGAUGACAGCAUAUUCUCUGGCUUCCUUUUGUAUCCGGAUGAUGUAUCUGAAACCCUAUUAUAAGCGUGGCUUUAAGAGAAUUACC